AUGUCUUCGGGCGCGGAGAGGCCGUCUGUGCUGCUGUUCGUGUACGGCACGCUUCAGCGCGGGGAGAACAACUACGCGUGGUGGCUGGCAGACUCCGAUCACGCGUGUUUUAUCGCUACAGCGCGGACCCGGCAGCGGUACCCGCUCUUUGUCAAUCUGCUGCCUGACUUUGGCGGGUGCUCGCCUUGCCUGCUCGACAUGCCCAUGAAGGACGACGACAGCGACGCGGUAAACGAUGACGGUAGCGGGAUGACGCCUCAUUUUGUGGAGGGGGAGUUGUUUUUGGUGACGCCGGCCCUGAAGCGCUGCCUGGACGUCCUGGAGGACGUGGCCGACGGCGUGUACGCCACCAGUGAGGUCGACGUGGCGUUGUUGGACAACGUGCAGGUGGCUGCGAAGGCACUUUGCAUUGGUGACGGGGAGACGGUGAAGGCGCUCGUGUACUUCCGUAAGAAGAACUACCCGCCUGACUGGAACAGCCCCACUCCGGCAAGCAGCACCAGGCUCCUGCGACGGUUUUCCGCGGCGGAGUGCCUGCGUCUGUACGGCGCACGUUUUGCCGGUUUUCCUGCCCACCUGCGUUACGCGGUGGAAAUGCGGGACGCCCUUCAAAGGGUGACUGAAUGUCCGUUUGACGUGGGGUGUGGGGUGCCUCUGCAUCCUAAGCCCAUUGUGCUCUUUAUCAUCGAUGGCGUGGGGGACGCCACGUACGCGGAGCUCGGACAUCGCACACCGCUGGAGGUGGUGGCUGGUGUGCCCCCACGGAGGGUUGCGGAUGAGGCACCGGCGACCCCGCUAUGCAACACUGAGCAGUAUGUCUCCCCCGGCAUUAACGUGGUCGCAAAACACGGGGUGAGUGGGCUAAUGGACGUGUUUGAGGCGGGAGUGAGCUGCGGCAGUGACACCGCCCACCUGGCCCUCUUUGGGUACCCGCCGACGCAGUACUACAGGGGACGCGGCGCAUACGAGGCUCUUGGGGCGGGUAUGGCCUUGGACGAUACCGACAUCGCCUUCAAGAGCAACUUCUCUGUUCUUGAUGUGUCCACUGGGGUUGUCACGCACCGCCGCUGUGAUCGCGAGUUCACGCGGGAAGGCCCCUUCCUAAGCAAGUACCUCGACGGGACUGUGAUCGCAGGAGAUGAUUCGGGCCCAUUCGAAACAGCGCACACGUUGAAGGUCCAGUACGGCACGGAGCACCGCUGCGGCGUCGCUAUCACCGGAAAGGGGCUCUCGUACCGCAUCACAGGCACAGACCCUCUGGCAGACAAUCGUCCACUGCUGCACUGCAAGCCCACUGUGCCGCUCGAGCACGCGGAGUACAAAGCCGCCCUCUACACGAGUCGCGUGGUGAACGCAGUAUCGCGACGAAUUACGGAGAUGCUUUGCCAACACCCAAUCAAUGAGGCCCGGAGUAAGGAAGGGAAGAGGGUCGCCAACGUGGUGCUUCUGCGUGGGGCCGCAAGUAAGGGAUGGGUACCGCCAUUUGCCGUGCGUCAUGGUCUCGUUGGCUUUAUUGUUGCCCCUACCUGCAUCAUCAAAGGUUUGGGGAUCUGCUGUGGCCUGAAACCGGUGAACGCGGAGGGGGCAACAGGCGAUUACCACACAAACGUCAACGCAAAGGUGGACGCGGCACUCCGGGAACUCGGGCUGCUAGAUGCCGCGGACAGGGCUACACGGGGGGAAGGAGCAGCCCGUAGCGUGUUUGGUGUCAUUCACGUCAAGGGCGUCGACGACUCCGGCCACGACAGGAGUCUUGAGAAGAAGCUUAUGAUGCUGCAACGAUGUGGUGAGGCCCUCCAGCGACUGUGGACUGCCCUGCCAGACGGCAGCACGGUGGCGGUGCUUGCGGAUCAUUCCACACCCAUCUCAAUAGGAGAUCACAGCUGUGAGCCUGUUCCUGUCUGUGUGUCGACGAAAGGGAGCGGGUUCCACGAUGGUGUGGAACAUUACAGCGAGGUGGAGAGCAGAUAUGGGGCACUUGGGCGGUUUCGAGGUGAGGAGCUGCUGGGCGUUGUGAAGCGUGCCCAUCACUGGUACCACCACCUUCCACCGCGCGAGAGCCAUAACGUUGGGGAUAAGUAA